AUGCUUUUGCUUAAGUCAUUUUUGACAAUGAUUAUUAUACUGAUCUUAGUUUUUGAUCACAUUAUUACAAUAUCGUCAGAAUCAAUCUCAAACUCAAUAUGGACUAAUAUUAUUCAUGAUCUUGCAUCGAACAUAAAUGGUUAUAAAUCAAAUGAUAAAACAAUGGAAAGUCAUCCAUUUAAUGAAGGAUUCAUGUUACAACCUAAUAAUCGUAAACAAUCUUCGUCAACAAUAUCUAGUUCGACAUCUCUGAUUGUAAUUAAUCGAAUUUCUACAUUACAUAAUAUUUUAUCAACAACAUGUAAGACUACAACAUUAGUAGAAAAUUUAAAUCACACUAUUUCUCCGAUUGAUAAUCAUCUUGGUCAAGGAAUAUCAAAUGAGACAAAUAAUGAUAAUGGUUUUGAAACAUCAUUAAAACAAACUCUAAUAGAAGAUGAUAAUAAUGAAAUUGACAGUUUCUUAAAAGUUGAUGAUGAGGAAUUAAGUAAACAAUUAGUUAAUAUUGCAUAUACAACUGAUGGCAGUGGUGAUACCACAACACAAGGAACAACAGAACAAACGUCAGAGACUACUAUAACAUCUAGUGAACCAUCAACAAAUCAGCCGGAUACAAACCCUACAACUAUAUCUACAACAGCUUUGAUAAUAACUACAACAACAACUACUCCAGUUGAGUCACUAAAUCCUUCUAAUAAUACAAUAAUUAUUAUGACGAUCAAUUGUACUAAUGCAAAUAACACAUUAUUUGAUAUUUUGAACAAACUCAAUCAAACACUUAAUAAUAAUUAUAGUGUAUCACCAAAUUAUAAUGAAAUUGCGUGCAAUGGCUCGACGUCAGUUGAUGUAACAUUACAUUUUGAAACUUUGGAUAAUAUUGCUAUGACGAAUGGAUUAUAUGAAGUUCUUGAAAAUAUAACAUCACCCCUUGGAGUUCAACUAUUUACAUUUAAUAAGUGUGGUAGAAAUGAAACAGAAUCUGUUAUAAAUGUUACACCAUGUUUUCUUAUUAAUCUAUGUCAUUUAUGUGGAAUAGAUCCUCCACGUGGUGUAUGUUUACCACAAAAUGGUGUAAGUAAAUGUAAAUGCUUUGUUAAUGACAAUGAUUCAUCAAUACUUUAUGUUGGCGAUCGCUGUCUCCCAGCAGAUAUAAAUCCAAUAAAAUCUAGUUUUCCUUCUCGUUGGACACCAGUUAUAGUUGGUAUUGUAGCUGGUGUUGCUAGUCUAUUCGGUGCUAUAACAUUUUGUCUUUGGGCUAUGGCUAUUUGGCGUCGUCGACGACCCCAUAAUAAAGAUGACCUACGAACGUUUCGUUUUUGGCAUCUACCAAGAGCUCAAGUACCAUCGUCGGUUACACAAGGAAAUGUUCAAAAUAAUAGGACAAAUACAAUAUCUACGUAUAGUAGUGAUCGAACUGAAUCUGAUGACAAUCAAAGUAAUACAACAGAUAGUACAUUUUUUAAAGAACUUGAUCAAAAAAUGGGUGAAAAUCUACGUGCAACAAUAACAAGACCAAAUACAAGUGCUAUAUUAGCAAGUUUACCAUCAGAUACAAUAUCAACAAUAAGUAAUAAUGAUCCAAUUGACGAACUUGAUGCAAUUAUUGAUAAUGAAGAUUUAAAUUUAACAUUUCAUGAUUCACUAGAUGAUCUUUAUGAAGAUAAUGAAAUAGUUGAAGCUGUAAAUCCAAAUUUUAAAUUACCAAGAUCAAAUAUUGAAUCGAACCCAACAGGCUUUUUUUCGAAAUUUGUAAUUGAACAAUUAACACAGUCGAUGGAAUAUUGA